UUGACGGUCCCUUCUCUCUCACUUCAUAACUCUCCAAAACCCCUUCGAAACUCGAAAACCUUCAGCCAUGGCGGAAUCCAUCAUUACCUCAGAAAAACCCUCCACCUCGUCCCCUCUAGAACCUCCUUCCCGUAUCGUCUGCCACGUCUGCCAGAAGCAAUUUUCUCAGUACACAUGCCCUCGAUGCAACUCACGCUACUGUUCCCUGCACUGCUACAAGUCGCAUAAUCUCCGGUGUACUGAAUCGUUUAUGCGGGAGAAUGUGGUGGGGGAGAUGGGGCAAUUGGGGCCCGAUGACGAAACUAAACAGAAAAUGCUGGACAUACUGAAACGAUUUCACUCUGAAGAAGAAGAAACUGAUGACAUGGAUGAUGAUGAUAAUGCUGCAGGUUCUGCACUGUCUGAGGAGACUAUUCAAAAAGUGCUGUCUGGUGGUGAAGUUAGUCUGGAUGAUCUAUCUAUAGAAGAGAAGAAACUAUUCCAAAGAGCUGUCGUUUCUGGGGAACUGAGCAAGAUGAUUAAGCCUUGGGAUCCGUGGUGGUUGAAGCCAUCUGCCAGAACGAUAUCAUUUAGCAAGGAAGGAUCCCAACUUAUCCAACCUCUUGUCAAAGACGAUGAAUCAAUGUCACCUGAGGAUAAUUCAGAGAGCAAUCAAGCGAGUGAGAUUCCACCCGGGCCUGACACCCCACUGCCACCAGUCAGCAAGCUGAGUUCCACAAAGCCAUCACCAUCCUUAGCUGUUCAUCUGGUGGACAUCAUAUACAGCUACUGUUUCACACUCCGUUUUUACAAUGGAGAUUGGAAAUCGGAUGCCAUAGGAUCAUCCAUGGCGGUGCUUUCUGUCUCCAAUGUACUGGGCCAGGGUGGGCAACCGGAGACUGUCCUGGAAGUGCUGUCUUAUUGCUUGGAGAAGACCUGCUCCCCAGACUUCAAACAUACAGGCGGCUUGCAAUUUGGACUCGGUCUCAUAGAUGAUGUAACAAGCCUAUUAACGCUAGGAACACCUGCUUUGUUGUGCUCGCUCUGUGAUCUGCAGAGGAUGGUUCAGGCUGGGGAGAGGGAUCUGAAGUCAGAGAAACCACGGAAGUCGUCACAAAGAACAGAAAUUAGGAACAAGCUGAAGUUGGCCGAACGGAAAAUUUAUUUCAUCAUGUGUUGGGUGCACGAGCAAACCGGGGAAGUUUGGACUUCCUUAGCAGCCAUUGUAACGGCCGAAAAGAGUUCAGCUCUGAGUUAUCAAUCGGCUUCGAGGCCUGGGAAAGCGGAGAAGAAAGCCGAACCAAAGAGCAAGGUUUUGAUUCAGGAGAUUAGAUGAAAAAUAAUAACAUUGUAACUAUUCUUUUCUGUUCGUUGUUGUAAUCAAAUUGUUUCUCCUUUUGAGUGUGUGUUAUUGUAAUUUGAAUGGGACUAUGAGUAGUACAGAAGUUGAAUA